GUUCAAAUACAACGGUCGAAAAGGAAAGAGACCAACCCCAAAUUCAAAUUCAAACUCCAUCCAUCUCUCCCUCCCUCCAUUCCCCACUCAAACCACGGCAACCAUGUCAUCCUCCACCGCCACUCCUCCCACCAAAACCCCAUCGGACAAAUCAUCCCGCCGGAGACAUCGCCCCGAUUCCACGUCUCGAUUUGAGGCCUACAACCGCCUCCAAGCCGCCGCCGUAGCCUUCGGCGAAACACUCCCAAUCCCGGAGAUCGUCGCCGUCGGUGGCCAAUCCGAUGGCAAAAGCUCCCUCCUCGAAGCCCUCCUCGGGUUCCGCUUCAAUGUCCGCGAGGUCGAGAUGGGCACUCGCCGCCCCCUUAUCCUCCAAAUGCUCCAUGAUCCCUCCGCCGCAGAACCUCGCUGCCGCUUCCAGGAGGAAGAUUCAGAAGAGUAUGGAAGUCCUGUGGUUUCUGCUUCUACCAUUGCUGACAUUAUCAAGUCUCGAACCGAGGCGCUUUUGAAGACGACGAGGACCGCGGUUUCCCCGAAGCCGAUUGUGCUGAGAGCUGAUUACGCGCAUUGUCCUAAUCUCACGAUUAUCGACACGCCGGGGUUUGUUCUCAAGGCGAAGAAGGGUGAACCGGAGAGCACGCCUGAGGAGAUUCUUUCGAUGGUGAAGUCAUUGGCUGCUCCUCCACACCGCAUUAUCUUGUUCCUUCAGCAGAGUAGUGUUGAGUGGUGCUCCUCAUUGUGGUUGGAUGCGGUUCGCGAAAUUGAUCCCACGUUUAGACGGACGGUUGUUGUUGUAUCUAAAUUUGAUAAUCGACUCAAGGAAUUUAGUGACCGGUGGGAAGUAGAUCGCUAUUUGAGUGCAAGUGGAUACCUUGGAGAUAGCACUCGCCCUUAUUAUGUGGCCCUGCCUAAGGACAGAACCAAUGUUUCGAAUGAGGAGUUCCGUAGACAGAUUUCUCAGGUGGACUCGGAGGUUAUUCGUCAUCUUCGUGAGGGUGUCAAGGGAGGUUUCGAUGAAGAAAAGUUCAAGUCCUAUGUUGGUUUUGGCCGUCUGAGGGAUUAUUUGGAGUCUGAGCUACAGAAGAAAUACAAAGAAGCUGCGCCUGCAACUCUUGCAUUGCUUGAGCAACGGUGUGGUGAAAUCACUUCUGAGCUUGCCGGACUGGAUUCAAAGCUACAGGCCACUUCAGAUAUUUCUCAUCUUAGGAAAUUCGCAAUGCUGGAUGCAGCUUCUAUCAGCAACCAUGUGGGUGCAUUGAUUGAUGGUGCAGCGGAUCCUUGCCCUGAGCAGUGGGGGAAAACAACAGUACAAGAGAGGUCAGAAAGUGGUAUUGGGGUUUGGCCUGGUGUCAUUACGGAUGUAAAUCCCCCUAAUGCUACCCUUCGCCUUUAUGGAGGGGCUGCAUUUGAGAGGGUGAUGCAUGAAUUUCGUUGCGCUGCAUAUUCCAUUGAAUGCCCCCCGGUGUCACGGGAGAAGGUAGCAAAUAUAUUACUUGCCCAUGCUGGCCGAGGUGGGGGAAGAGGACUAACAGAGGCUGCUGCAGAGAUUGCACGUGCUGCUGCUAGAUCAUGGCUUGCUCCUCUUCUUGAUACUGCUUGUGAUCGGCUUGCUUUUGUUUUAGGAAGUUUAUUUGAUUUGGCUCUAGAAAGAAACCGCUGUCGUGAUUCACAAUAUGGGAUUAAAUCAGGAAACAUGGAUGGCUAUGUUGGUUUUCAUGCUGCUUUACGGUGUGCAUACAGUCGUUUCAUAAAGGAUCUCACUAAGCAGUGCAAGCAGCUUGUGAGGCACCACCUUGAUUCAGUUACCAGUCCAUACUCACAGGUCUGCUACUUCAAUGAAUUCCAACCCAGUUCUGGCCAAAAUGCUGCCACUUUCAACAAAUUCAGCCAGGCUUUCCUUGAUUUGAGCGACACGAGUUCAGCUUCCAAUCAUGAUGCAAUGAGGGAUCAGGAAAACAUACCUCCAGAAAAUAAUAACAUGCAGGAAACCACACCGGGUAAAGCUGCAGCAGAAGCUAGAGACGCUUUGCGAGAAAGCCAAAUGACUAUCCCUGAGACCCCAUCUCCUGAUCAGCCAGGUGAUCCAAAAAAGAGGGAGCUUGGAAUUUGUAAUGACCUUGGACCGAGGAAGAGGGUCUCCAGAAUGGCAGGAAAUGGAAAAAAUUCUGAGUAUAUUAGGCCGCAAAAUGGGGGCAUUUUGUUUGGAAAUGGGGAGAGAUCAGGUUCACCUUACUCAGAAAUCUGUUUAUCAGCUGCCCAGCAUUUUGCACGUAUACGUGAAGUUCUUGUUGAGAGAGGCGUGACAUCAACCAUGAACUCUGGAUUCCUAACCCCUUGCCGAGAGGGACUUCUCGUGGCUCUCAUGUUAGAUUUAUUUGCUGUGAAUGAUGAGAAAUUCAUGGACAUGUUUGUUGCUCCGGGCGCCAUAGAUGUUCUGCAAAAUGAACGAGAGUCUCUAACAAAGCGUCAGAAGACACUCCAGUCUUGCUUGAAUGAGUUUAAAAAUGUUGCUCGAGCUCUUUGAUCAGAGUUACUCACUCUCCGAGAUGCCACGAUUUUCGCUACGCUUUGGAGAAUUUGUUGUGCUUGUGAAAUUAACGAUGCAGUUCUUGUAUACCAAAUGGACCAAAUACUAUGGAGACUCCCAUAAUUUGGUGUGACUCUCAUGGAAAGAAUGCAACUUGGGUGAAGCCUCUUCACCUUCUUGUGGAAGCAUAUAUAUGUAGAUGUAAGAUGUGAGACAGAUUGACUUGUUAACGUGCAUUUAGAGGCUAACAUGAUUGGUUUGAUGUAGUCACAUUCACAGCUUGCUGAAAGCUCUUGAAUAAUCUUUCACCUCACACAACUUGCACCUUUUGCCUUUUGGUCUCAGUUGCAGAUUAUUUGAAAUGAUAAAAAAUAUACAAGCCUGUAUUAUUUUUUAAUGAAUGAUUAUUUAAUUUUAUUUUUAUUAUGUA